CAAAGCCACAGUAGACGACGAGCAGAUACUACGAUGUCUCCCAAACUCCUCAUCUACUUGACGCUGGUGGCCAUGCUAGUGGUCUUUACCGCACCUGCAGCCGAGGGAACGUUCCUUCUCUUUGCAUGCCUGACAGGAUCACCGCUGUGUCCCUUCCGCACUACGACACCAGUAUGUCCAACUGCAGAUACCACAUAUAAUCCAAUAACUCGCGAAUGUGCAUAAAAUGCAUCGAAGUCAAAGAUUGGAAUAUUCAAUGGAUAUUCCUAUCUUAUUAUAUUUUUACAACGGAAAAAUGUGAAUCGACUAUAAAAUGAUUUUGAUUAAAUGAGUUUGACAGGCAGAAGGAGUCGUAACUGAGUAUUGUAA